UAUAGUGGACAGGAGUAAACGCUGGUAUCCAGAGAGGCCCAGACCAGCAGACAAUCCAGCCAGGCCGAUCGGGGCAAAACCCAGCAGACAUCAUGCCUGGGAAGAGAAGUCGCCAGCUCUCGCUUAGGCGUAAGAGGCAGGCCCAAUCCCGCUCUACGAGAGCUGAGCUGCAGUUCCCCGUUAGCCGCGUGGACCACUUCCUGCGACAGGGUCCCUAUGGCCAGCGCCUGAGCUCGUCCACACCUGUUUUCCUCGCUGGUGUUCUCGAAUACCUGACGGCCAAUAUCCUGGAGCAGGCGAGCAAGGAGGCCCACAGCAGCCGAAAGAUCCGCAUCACCCCAGAACACGUGCAGAGGGCCGUAGACAACAACCUGAACCUCAGCCACCUCUUUGAGAAUGACACCUACCGUCAGGAUGAGCAGAUGCCACAACCCAGUAGGAAGUGAUGCCUGGGUCCCAGAGCCCAGCGAGACCUCC